AUGUCCACAACAACCACUAUCCAGGAGACAAUCACCCUUGAUCAGCCCAAGGGCCGAAUGGCCCUUGAUGGCCGGCCAACCAACUACGGCGACUUCCGCGAUGCUCUCAAUAGAGAUGCUACGCCGUGUGACUUGGGUUACAAGCGCGAUGACCCCUCCACCGUGAAACGGGCUAUGCUGCCUGUGAUCAACGAGAAAGGUAUGAUUCUCAGCUAUGGCGUUACUCAUGAGAAAUGGGUAUGGGAUAUCCGAUCGGAGCCUGGUGUAGUGGAGGCCUUUGAGAAGGUAUAUGGUGAUUCGGACUUGAUUGUAUCGUUCGAUGUGGUCAAUGUUCAGUUCCCAGGGCGUGGUGACUUCCCCGAAAACAAACCCUGGCCACACCAGGACCAAGACCCCGAAUGUCCAGGCUUCCGCUGUCUUCAAGGCUUAGUGAACCUAAACCCCGGUGGACCCGACGACGGUGGCCUCAUCGUGUGCAAAGGCGGCCACAGGCUCUCUGAGCAAUUCCACCGCGAGAUGGCCGACGAGCCACGUAUCCCCGCCUGGACUAAAGAGUGGUUCGGGUUCACCGAGAACGGCAUGAAGUGGCUCAAGGACCACGGCUUGGAGUGGGAAAAGGUCUGCGUCGAACCGGGCGACUUGAUCGUCUGGGACAGCCGAACCCCACAUUACAAUGUGCCACCCACAGGGAAGAACGAUCGUCUGGCAGUGUAUACAUGCUACAUGCCUGUUGCCGACGCCUCGCAGGCGGAUUUGAUUCGGAAGAAGGAGGCUUUUGAAAAACGUCUUGGUACUACGCACUGGCCCAAUGCCCAGCAUGUCGCUCCUACUAAUAUUGCCAUGCGUGAUGGCGUGCCUUGCCCUAAGGCUCGCGAGAUGCCCGCUGAGGAUCCGGUGCUGGGUGAACGGGCCUUCCGGCUCACUGGAAUUCCGUAUAUCAAGCAGGAAGCAUAG